GCAAUCACACACACCGUUGGUACGCAGUCGUACAUGUCAUAAAGGAAUGCUUUCGAUUCGACAGAUUCUGUCGCGUGCCUCCACCCUCGCGUCAGCACAUUGAUCAGCACUUCGCCAGUGCGUCAUUGAAGCUGGGGUAGGGGUUGGCGAAGAAAAAGGGUCAAGGUCGCGCACUUCAAUAGAAUAUGAUGCUACAGCUCAUUCUCAUCUUUAACCGCACCUUGAGUGCUCAAUCAUGUUCUCGACGUGCAACAAUGACGACUCCUUCGGACCGGGCGUCUCAGGUUGUCGUGAUGAUUUCGACUUUACAAUCGGUUUCGAGCAGCUCGUCUUCUCCGUUGUUCCUUCGGCACUCUUCAUCAUCCUGGCCAUAUGGCGAAUAGCUCUGUUCAUGCGUAGGCCUCAAAUAGUCCAUGCGCCGACGUUACGACUUGUCAAACUUGGGACCAUUGCCAUUCUUGCCGCACUCGAGUUUGUUCUUCUCAUACUGGCUGCGAUCAGGUCUCUCGAUAUAACCAGUUUGGCCAUUGCCUCUACCGCUUUACGAUUCGUCGCUGCAUUAUGCAUGAUACCAUUGUCCGUGUCUGACCAUGGCCGGUUGGCAAGACCUUCCGUGCUGUUAAGCAUUUAUCUAUUUCCCACGCUGCUUCUGGAUGCUGCCCAGACUCGCACGUACUGGUUGGCUGCCAGUACGCGACCUGAGGUUACAUACACCGCCAUCUUUACUGCAUCAUUGUCGCUCAAAGCCACAAUACUUAUUCUUGAAGCCCGAUCCAAAACGAAGUGGUUAAACAUCAAGGAGCCUUACAGUCCGGAAGAAACCAGCAGUAUAUACAGUCUAGGAGUGUUUUUCUGGCUCAAUAAAAUUUUCCUCACCGGUUAUCGGAAAGUUAUGGAUUUAAAGGAUCUGUAUCCUCUCGAUCGUGCUAUAGGUGGCGAAGCUCUAUACAAACGGUUUCAGAAGCAUGCUGUGUACUCUAAAAUGCAAGGCGACAAACAUGGAUUGGCCAAAGCAUUGGUGCGAACCCUGCGGGUCCCAAUCAUGUUUGUCAUUCUGCCCCGACUUGCCCUAACCGCCUUCACCUUCUGCCAACCCUUUCUAAUCAACUCUAUUCUUGAUCGCCUGUCCCAGCCCGUAACCGAUGCUUCAGUCAACGUUGGAUACGGCCUCAUAGGGGCCACUGCCCUCAUAUACGCCGGAAUUGCCGUAUCGACGGCUCUUUACUGGUAUUUUCAUUACCGGACGCUUCUGAUGGCACGUGGCGUCCUGGUGACAGCUAUUUACACCAAGGCCACUCAAGCACAGAUCGGUCCCGGAGAUUCGAGUGCGUCUUUGACUCUGAUGAGUGUCGAUAUUGAACGCAUCGUCAUUGGAUUCUCAUCCCUCCAUGAGGCUUGGGCCGGGAACAUAGAAGUUGUUCUGGCUAGCUGGCUGCUCUACAACAAGGUUGGUGCUGCAUUUGCGGCGCCAAUCGUGAUUGUGGUCCUUUGCUUUUUAGCUUUGUCUGUUAUCGUCAAGUUUACGGGAAAUGCACAGAGGAUGUGGAUGGCCGGCGUGCAGAAGCGUGUUGGCCUUACCUCCACUGUGAUAUCAAACAUGAAAAACAUCAAAGUUUCCGGUUUGGCCGCCCCCAUCACCGAAUUCGUCCAAAACCUUCGAGUCGAUGAGUUAAAUGCUGGUAGUCGUCUUCGCAAGCUGAAUCUUAUUACAACCGCCUUAGCCUUUGGGCCUCUUUUCGUUUCACCCAUCAUGACUUUCGCCAUUGCCCAACGCACUCUGGAUGCAACCACUCUAUUCACAUCGCUCUCGUGGCUCGUUCUCCUCGCCACUCCUCUUACUAAUGUCAUCAAAACCAUUCAGUUGGUGAUGUCGGGCUUGGCUUGCUUGGGUCGUAUCCAAGCCUUCUUGGAGAGUCCACCACGGAAAGAUUACCGGUUGGUUCCGUCGAAUGCCAACCAGGAGUUAGAGAAGGUUUCAAUUGAUACCAUACACGCACCAAACCGGCGAGAACGGGGCCAUGCUAAUCCUGCAAUCACUGUUAGUAACGGGAGAUUUGGCUGGGAAGAGGACACAGCGGUCCUCAAUGGUAUUGAUAUCAAGGUCCCUGAGUCGUCUCUAACAAUCGUUGUGGGCCCUAUUGGUUCUGGAAAGUCUACUCUGUGUAAAUCGUUACUGGGGGAAAUUCCUUUCAGCCGAGGCAGCGUCGCCAUGAGUACCAAAAUCGGCCGGGUUGCCUAUUGCGAUCAAACCCCUUUCUUAUCAAACUCCUCGAUCCGGAACAAUAUCCUCGGGUUUUCACCAUUCGACCAUCAGAGAUACGCCGAUGUGAUUGACGCCACAAUGCUCAGGCUUGACUUCGAGACGUUACCGCAAGGGGAUGAAACCAACAUUGGCAGUAAUGGGAUCACACUCUCUGGGGGACAGAAGCAGCGCAUCUCCCUUGCUCGGGCUUUAUACCUACAUUCAGACCUACUCAUUUUGGACGACGUUUUCAGCGGCCUAGAUGCUGAGACUGAAGAAUAUGUUUUUAGCCGGGUUUUUGGAGCUGGCGGUAUCAUUCAGCGACGUCAGGCCACAGUAGUGCUUUGUACCCACUCUGUUCGACAUUUGCCAUCUGCAGGACAUAUCAUUGUCCUUGGUAUCGAUGGCUCUGUAGUUGAGCAAGGUAGUUUUGAAGACCUAGUCGCCAAUGAGAACUACGUUCAUAGUCUUCGCCUCGCGGCACAGCGAAGCGAAUCGGACAGCGACACCUCCGAGUCUAAGGAUAGUCUUACAGACAUCAAGCCGACUGUAGUUGGCCUCGCGAGCUCAACGACUCCCGUCGUACCUAAAGUCCCGGCUACCGCGCGGCAACUGGGAGAUUGGACGGUGUACAAACACUACUUCAAGAGUAUGGGCUUGGUCCUUGCCGGGUCCCUGUUUUGGUGGGCAGCUCUAUACGGUUUCUUUUACAACUUUCCUACUAUCUGGCUCAAGUACUGGAGUGAUGACGAUUCUACCAACAAUCCCAGGCAUUCAUUCAGCUACUAUAUGGGGAUUUACGCCUUCCUUCAGAGCUUUUGUCUGGUCUCUUUAGUGGCCCUGGGGUACUUUAUCUGGGUUACUUCCAUCAAGAAGUCAGGAGCCCAUCUGCAUCACGAUGCUUUGCGUACGAUGAUUGGUGCCCCGCUGCAAUUCUUUACUACCACUGACCAGGGCGUUAUCACCAAUCUUUUUUCACAGGAUCUUAAUCUUGUUGAUACUGAAUUGCCAAACGCGUUGCUCAACUUCUUGUGCAACUUUGCCAUCGCCAUAGGGCAAGCGGCGGUUAUGAUAACUACAUCGCCCUAUAUUGCUAUCAGCUACCCUUUCCUAUUAUUCCUGAUGUGGCUCAUCCAGAAGUUCUACCUUCGUACCUCUAGACAGCUGAGGAUACUAGAUCUUGAAACCAAGAGCCCCUUGUACACCCACUUCAUCGACACUACUAGAGGCAUCGUUACAAUCCGAGCGUUCAACUACGUCUCUGAAGAGCAUUCCAAGAGCGUUGCCCUACUUGAUGAUUCACAGCGUCCAUUCUACCUUCUUCUGAUGGUACAGCAAUGGCUCACACUCGUGCUCAACCUCAUUGUUAUGGUACUAGCAAUUAUCCUUGUCACUCUCGCGUUGCAGCUUCGAUCAAACUCUGGUUUCGCAGGUGCUUCAUUAGUCACACUUAUGAGUUUUGGAGAUAGCCUAUCCAGUAUUGUUAUGCAAUGGACGAAGCUUGAAACAUCAAUUGGUGCUAUUGGACGAUUACGGACCUUCAGCGAUACGGUUGAACCUGAAAGCAUGGAAGGGGAGGAUAUCAGUCCUCCGGUGGACUGGCCACCAAGGGGCCAAAUUGAUUUCCAAGGUGUCUCGGCAAGCUACGACACCGGGACUCCCGGGGAAGAGCUGAACCUCGCUCUCAAUGAGGUCCAUCUCUCAAUAUCACCAGGCGAGAAAGUCGCUCUGUGCGGUCGCACAGGGAGCGGUAAAUCUAGCAUCAUUGCACUACUACUCAAGCUGCUCAACCCGACCGAAGACACUCGUUCGCAUGUAUAUAUCGACAAUGCCCCACUCCAUCGCAUAGACCGCCAAGCCCUACGUCUCCGGCUGAUAGCAAUACCCCAAGACGCCGUCUUUCUGCCCGAUGGCUCCACGUUCCAGCAAAACCUUGACCCCCUGGAUGUCGCCGAUGCCACUGAGUGCCGCGCUGCGCUCGAGCUCGUCGGCUUGUGGGUGGUGGUCGAGGAGCGCGGUGGCCUCGACGGCGCUAUGAAGUCCGACACCCUAUCUCAGGGCCAGCGCCAGUUGUUCUCGGUCGCACACGCUGUACUGCGGCGAAGGAUACGAGCCAGGAGUCUUGGGAUCACCACCGGUGGUGGUUCCAAUGGAGGCGUCCUCUUAUUGGACGAAGUAACUUCGUCGGUUGACCAAGAGACCGAAAGUAUUAUACAAAACAUCAUCAAGGUGGAGUUUCAGGAUUACACUAUCCUUGCAGUAAGCCACCGGCUGCGGUUUGUGAUGGACUUUGAUCGAGUCGUGGUCAUGGAUCGGGGCAAGGUAGUUGAGGUUGGCAAUCCUAAGGAACUAGCCGAGGGCGACACCAGAUUUGGGGAUUUAUGGAGGGCCGGGGGGAGGUAGCCACCUGUCUGACAAAGGAUGUUAUCGUCCCUUUGGAGUCGUUAGAAUGCCAGUCCCAUACUGGCGACCCAGACAGAGCCUGAUAUGAAACUUUAUUUGAAACGCUGGGUUUUAUGAUGUUCGUCAGCAUGUCCGUUACGCACGUACAUCACAAGCGAAAAAUAGUGUGUCAGAAGAAGAAAAUCAUCUGAGAAAUGGAGGGAAAUCGACUCUAUUUUUUCCUUGCCAGUGUCAAU